UAGGGCAAGUCCUGCCUGGUGUGUUUACUCUGCUCCUUCUACCCUGAGCUGUGAAGGCGUUUUGGGGCAGCAACAGGCGGACCGAACAAAGUCCGCGGAGUGUGGAUACUUACCCGCUAUAAAGGCUUCGGCUAAUUAAUGAAAAAGAGGGGAGGAUAUAGUUCGUUUUUAAAUGGAGCUACUUCGGUUUUCCGCUUUUUGGUGUGGAGCGAUACUCUUCGGUAGUUUUCAGCUCGAGGAGGCGGAGGCCUACACGAUAAAACUAUCAAGGCUGUGCAUGUUCUGUGAUGUCCAGCCCACCGCCUGCACGGGUAAAGGGAGCUGCAAGGUGGAGUGUGGUAUCACUUCCAUCUGCCCCAGCAAUGAAGAUGUGUGUGUCAGUAUCUGGAGGAGGAAAGAUGACAAUUUCACCUUUGACACAGUCUGUCAUAACCGGUAUCAGAAGCUGGACGGCCUGGUCCUGGAGGAUUACAACAACAGCAAGUGUGAGAUGAAAGAAAGAAAGGGCAUGGGCUCAGAGUUCUUCAUCUGCUCCUGCUCUGAGGACGAAUGCAAUCAGCAAAUCUUCUUUAACUCCAACUCAGAUUCCCAGGUGGUGGCGGUCAUCCUGGUGAGCCUGGUGCCUCUGCUGGUCAUGGCUGUUCUCGUCAUCACGUCCUUUUACUGUUACCGGGUCUACCGCCAGCGGCAAGCCAGCUCCAGACGCAAGAAGGGUCUUCCGAUGGAUUUCAGUGACGGUCGGGCCAUCAUGGAUGAUGAAGGUUCAGACAGUAGCUCCACGCACGCCAACAACCUCAACCACAACACGGAGCUGCUGCCCAUUGAACUGGACGUCCAGGUCGGGAAGGGACGCUUUGCAGAGGUUUACAAAGCCAAGCUCAAGCAGGGCUCCUCAGUCAGCGAGGAGCAAGGCUUUGAGACUGUGGCCAUUAAAAUUUUCCAAUACGAGGAGUACGCCUCUUGGAAGAACGAGAAGGAAAUUUUCUCAGACGCAGACUUGAGACAUGAGAACGUGCUUCACUUCCUGACAGCAGAGGAUAGGAAGGCGCAGAGACAGUGCUGGCUGAUCACAGCCUACCAUCCAAGAGGGAACCUCCAGGAGUUCUUGAUCCACCACAUCGUCAGCUGGCAGGACCUGUGGACGCUGGGUUUUUCACUAGCUGAGGGAGUGGCUCAUCUUCACAGUGACCUCUUGCCCGGUGGUCGCUACAAGGUGCCGAUCGCACACAGGGACAUUAAGAGCUCCAACAUACUCGUGAAAGACGAUCUGACCUGCUGCCUGUGUGACUUUGGACUGGCCCUCCGCCUGGACAAUGCUCUGUCUGUGGAUGAGCUGGCCAACAGUGGGCAGGUGGGUACAGCCAGGUACAUGGCCCCAGAGGUCCUGGAGUCCAGAAUCAACUUAGAAAACAUUGAGUCCUUCAAACAGGCCGAUGUUUACUCCAUGGCUCUUGUACUGUGGGAGAUCAUCUCCAGAUGUAGCGCAAUUGGAGAGGUGAAAGAGUACCAACCGCCCUUUGGGAACUUGAGGGAACACCCAUGUGUGGAGAGCAUGAAGGACAGCAUUCUGCGGGACAGAGGAAGACCUGAGGUCCCCGACAGCUGGAUCAGCCAUCCAGGCAUCCAGAUGGUGUGUGCCUCCAUAGACGAGUGCUGGGACCACGACCCGGAAGCCCGCCUGACAGCCCAGUGUGUGGCUGAGCGCUUUGACGAAAUGGAGUACCUGGACAAGCUGUCGGUGCGCUCUGACUCAGAGGAGAAGAUCCCUGAGGAAAUCCUAAUGGUGGAUGAGAAGUAGAGCUCAACACAAACAGCGCCCCCACCAGGGCGGCAGGAGAUUUACAACCAUGCCGCUGGGAGAGAAUUCCAGUGGAUGCAUUAAUUGCUAUGGGUUGGUCACAAAUGUGUGACAGAGGAGCAAAUCAUGGAGAUGAAACAGAACUGGUUCCGGAGAUGGACAGAUGCAGAACACCAAAAAUAUAAGAAAAAGUGACCGGCUUGGUUUUCAUCAACAAGCUUUAAAGACUCAAUCAAAUCAUAAACAAACAGGGAAAUUACAUUAUAAAGCUUUUUUUAACCAAAUACUAUUUGCACUUUAUCAAUAUCUAUGCACAUCAAAUGAUAUAUAUUCACUGUCUUUUUGUCCUGACAGUACAAUUCAGGUAUAGGAAAUAAUGGGACAGUUUUAGAAAAGAGGUUAAAAGGGCGCAAUGUAAUAUAUUACGAUGGUUAAUAACACUAAUACCCCCCUUAUAGUUUAUUUGAUUGAAAACAUUUAAAUGUUUGUCUUGGUGGCCGUGGAUAUUUUUCUUUGGGACCGGAUUGAAGGUGCAAGUAUCUUUUCUUGAGGCAGGAAAUGGAAAUUGCAGUGAGGUAAAAAAUGAAAAUCCAUCCAAGGCAGUAAUCUACAGGGACAGCUGAUAUCAUAUCUAAAGGACCAAGAGCUUUGAAACAAAUACAGAAAUUAAGCCUGAAAGGGAAAAAAGGGAACUUAUAUAUACUGUGUUUGUGUGUGUAUAUACACAUGUAUUACUCAGAGGACUCAAGUCUGUUUAAUCAGACCAAGAUAACAAAGGGAAUAGAGAUAUGUAUAAACACUCGCUGCCUAUGUAUAUGCUUUACAAGCUGAACUUGUUGUUACAGAAAAGGGAAUUCUGAGACAGCAGUCAGACAUUUUGUAUAUCAAAGUAAUUUUGUAUAAAAGUGUGUUUUAUAUCAAAACUAUAAUUAAAAGUGUUACGAUCUAA